AUGCAUGUAUUUAAGAAGUGUGAAAAGCCUCCUGGUAUUCUGAAUGUACAUAUGGUUUGGAGUCUUGCUAUAAUGAUAGACUUGGGCAUUAAACACUUGUGGGGCGCUUUGUUUGGGUUUAUUUCAAAUUCUGUACUAUUUACGUCAUGCUCUGUAAUGGAAAAGAAAACUUCAAUGAAAUUACUUACCUCAGGAGCUGGUUUGCCUCUUUAUGUGCUGAGGAAACUUAUUUUCUUUUGUAAUAUCUCAUAA